UGUUGCGUCAUCACUACGCGCUCUGUGGCUUGCCCAGCGCUGCCUUGGAAGGUCCCGGCCAGGCUACCGUCGCCUCCCUCAAAGAAUUAUUUUGUUCUUGUCCACCUUUGUUCCAACGAGGAGCCUGCCAGGCUGUAAGUGCGUGCGUGCGUGCGGGCGGCGGGCUCCCUUCGGCGGCGCGCCGGCCUGUCAAGCUUCCUCCUCGGCCCGGCCUCGCCGCGUCUACUUCCGGGCGGCGCGCCGCUCCCGCUUCGGCCCUUUGUGUUCCCGCGGCGGAGGCUCGGGCCUCGCGGGCUUUGUGGAGGCGGCGGGUGCUCGGUGCGGGCUGCGUGGCGGGAAGGCGGGCACGCACCUCUGUGGCCCGGCUAGUUCAUUGAAAGCUGUCAGCCCCCUCAGGGUGGUGGUUCCUCCCAAUAUGAAUCUUUUCAACUUGGACCGUUUUCGCUUUGAGAAAAGGAGUAAGAUUGAGGAAGCUCCCGAAGCAGCCCCUCAGCCCUCCCAGGCCCGUCCUUCGUCACCAAUUUCUCUUAGUGCUGAAGAGGAGAAUGCUGAAGGGGAAGGUAGCAGGGCAAACACCCCAGACUCAGAUGUAACUGAGAAAACAGGAUCUGACUUUAUGGCCUUGGCGCCUGUGUGAAACCGCGUGGACUGGAUGGCUUUGAACUUGUGAUCCUUCUGCCUCUGCCUCCCAGUUGCUGGGAUUCCAGCCACAUGUCACCACACCUGACAUCUUUUCCUGGCUUUUUGAAAGCAGUGUCCCUCCCUGCCUUACCUUCUACAGUGAUUGCAGAAGAGGUUUCGUGCUUCCCCCAGCACUGAUCUUUUCUGCAAGCUAGAUGUGACAGAUGCUUGAAGAUAACAUCUAGAUCCAAAUAAAGGUUAAAGAAAUAUUCCUUCCACCUAACUUUUUAGAAAUCUCCAGAAUUCACUUGAAUAGUUUGUUACUUUUAGUGAAUAAAAAAAUUCAAACCAA